GGCGUCAGAUAUGACCUUUAAAACAACAGCGCCCGCACUUUAAUCUCAGUUCACCAUCAAUCUGGAAGCAGCGCGUUCAGCCCCUUCGCCACAGACACAUGCAGGUUUGCCCCCCACUUUCUGGGAACGUCGUCAUGGAGGAUUUACGAGAAGAAGUGGGCGUGACUGGUGAAGGUGGAGAAACGGGGGCGGUUAGAGGAGAGGUGAGGAAAAGGGGGACGCUUGAAAGCAGUGAGUGAAGAGGAGACUCCGGAAGGGACAUGUGAGCGAAAGGAGCAGGCUUUGUGGAAAAAUAGGCAUAAAUGAAGGAGUGGCUGCGAGGAAAGGCUGCAGCCCCCUCAGUCCUGGAGGAGACGGAGAGACGAGGCUGACGCGAUGUGGACGACAACUGUCCUCCUGCUGCUCCUCACACUCGGGCCUCGCUGCACAGUCACAGAAAACAUAACAAGUUUUAAUCAGUCAGAAAGUGUUGGCGAGGAGUUUUCCGAGGCUCCCGUCAAAGGCCACAAACCGGUCAGAGGGGUCAAAGGUCGGGACACGUGCUCCAUCCCAUGUGACAUCACUGUCAAACUGCUGCGAGAUGAGAAACAUUCAGUCUGUGGCCAGCUACAGCAGUCUCUCUUGGCGUUCGGGCGCAGCACCAGGAAGCUGAUCAGGGACGUGAUGGAGGAGCAGCAGAGGGCCCUGGACGUGCUCAGCAGUCAGGUCACUGAGCUGAUGACCAAGGUGCAGACGCUGAGCUCAGAGGUGCAGAGGAGCAACAACGAGAUGUACUCUGUGAAACCGGUGCAGUCCCACGGACGCGACUGCAGCGACAUCAAGGACGGCCUCAUGUCAGUCGUGCCCAAGAUUCCCAGCGGCAUUUACAUCGUUCACCCCGAAGACACCGACUCUUCAUUUGAGGUCUUCUGUGAGAUGGACUACAUGGACGGGGGGUGGACCGUGAUGCAGCGGAGGACGGACGGGUUAACCGACUUCAAGCGCCCGUGGGCCGAUUACGCUGACGGCUUUGGAAACCUCGCAGGAGAACACUGGUUGGGCCUGAAGAAGGUUUUCCACAUAGUGAACCAGAAAGAUGCUCGCUUCCAGCUUCACAUCGCCCUGGUCUCUGAGGACGACGUCACCUCCUACGCGUCCUACGACGACUUCAGCCUGGACGGUGAAACCCAGUUCUUCAGCCUCCGCCUGGGCAGGUACGCCGGCAGCGCGGGCGACGCCUUUCGCGGCUACGACCAGGAGCAGAACCAGGACACGGCUCCGUUCAGCGCGUCGGACGUGGACAACGACGGCUGCGAGCCGUCCUGCUCCAUGGGCGACCGCACGGUGGAGAGCUGCAGCGCGCGGCACAACCACACGGGCUGGUGGUUCAACCGCUGCGGCCUGGCCAACCUCAACGGCUGCCCCGAGGACGCGGAGCGGGGCCGGGGGGCGCCGACGCGCAUCCUGUGGGACACGUGGCGCCGCGGCGGCGUCCCGCACGCCGUCAAGGCCGUCACGAUGAAGAUCAGGAGGAUCGCAAGCAAUAGCUGAGGGGGAGGAAAUGCACAGAAUGUACGAGUUGCACUGCAUCUUUGUACGACUGAGGGCUUUCAUAGGAUUUGUACUGUGAGGUUGAAACCCCAAUAAAAAAUUGCAUUGAAUUAAUAGAA